CCUCCCCGCCCCCCGCGGCAGCACUUGUGAGUGACAGACCAACUCUGAGGGAGCUGACUGAGAGGGGUCGAGCCGCCGCCGCCUCCGUCUCCGAAGCCGCCUUUUUGGUUCGCCCCCUUGGCCGCGGCUCCCUGCUCGCCCUCCUCCUUCCCCGGCGCUAUGAGGCGGCCCUGAGGGGGGAGCGGAGCCCGCCGCCCGCCUUUCUUCUCCCCCACCCCCCGCCAUCCCCUCUGCCCCGUCUCUCCGCUCGCCUCAGCCCAGCCCAGCGGCGUCGUCGGGGCUCCUCAGCCGCCCCCCCUCCAUGACGGCGGCAAGCUGUGGCAGCGGCGCCCACGACGAGUUCGACUUCAGGCUCAUCUUCGGGGAGGACGCCCAGCCCGGCCCGGGCCCGCCGACGGCGACGCCACUGCCACCGCCGCUUGGGCCUGGCCCUGUGGCGGCGGCGGCGGCAGGAGAUCUUGAACCUGAUGAAUGUGCAUCGGUGUGUAUCUUCAGUGUAGACCACUCAUCAUCUGUAAAUCAUCCUAUUUGUAUCCCAUGUCAUGGAUUUCAGACACACCCUUCUCCCUUGUCUUCACCUUCCAGACUGCAGGGUCACAAAAGCUAUGAAGGAACAUGUGAAGUACCAGAAUCCAAAUACAGCUCUUUAGGUGGUCCUAAGCCAUUUGAGUGUCCUAGUAUUCAAAUUACGUCUAUUUCUCCCAAUUGUCAUCAAGGGAUAGAAGCCAAUGAAAAUGAAUUGCACACAAAUGGCCCUCAGAAUGAAUAUAUGGAAAGGCCUUCAAGGGACCACUUGUAUCUUCCUCUUGAGCCAUCUUACAGGGAAUCCUCCCUUAGUCCAAGUCCUGCUAGCAGCAUUUCUUCUCGGAGCUGGUUCUCGGAUGCCUCCUCUUGUGAGUCAAUCUCUCAUAUUUAUGAUGAUGUGGAUUCGGAGCUGAAUGAUGCUGCUGCUCGAUUUACCCUAGGGUCACCUUUAGCAUCUCCUGGAGGUUCUCCAAGAGGCUGUCCAGUGGAUGAGCCUUGGCAAGCAUCUUAUGGAUUUGGUCAUAACUUGUCACCUAGGCAAUCUCCUUGUCACUCUCCUAGGACUAGUAUCACAGAUGAAAACUGGCUUAGCCCCAGACCAACUUCAAGACCCUCAUCAAGACCGACAUCACCAUGUGGGAAACGGCGACAUUCGAGUGCUGAGAUCUGUUACAUUGGUUCACUGUCUCCUCACCAUUCUCCAACCCCAUCACCCGGACACUCACCUAGGGGAAGUAUAACGGAAGACACCUGGCUAAAUUCUUCUCUCCAUAGUCUGACUCCUGGCCUUUCACCAUUUCAGUGUUGUGCAGAUACUGACAUUCCUCUUAAAACAAGAAAGACCUCAGAGGAUCAAACUGCCAUUAUAUCAGGAAAAAUAGAGCUUUGUUCUGAAGAACAGCGUAGCUUAUCACCAUCACUUGAAACUGCAAUAGAUGAUAGCUCUGGAACCCAGCAUUCAUUAAAAAAAGACUCGCCUGGUGACCAAUUUCUUUCUGUUCCAUCACACUUUACCUGGAACAAACCAAAGCCUGGCCACACUCCUAUAUUUCGCACAUCUUCGUUGCCUCCCCUAGACUGGCCUUUGCCUGCUCAAUAUGGACAGUGUGAACUGAAGAUAGAAGUACAACCAAAAACUCAUCAUCGAGCACAUUAUGAAACUGAAGGCAGUAGAGGAGCGGUAAAAGCAUCUACUGGUGGGCACCCUGUAGUGAAGCUCCUGGGUUACAGUGAAAAGCCAGUAAACCUACAGAUGUUCAUUGGGACAGCAGAUGACCGUUACUUACGACCACAUGCCUUCUACCAGGUGCACAGAAUCACAGGGAAAACAGUUGCUACUGCGAGUCAAGAAAUAAUUAUUACUAGCACAAAGGUCUUGGAAAUUCCACUUCUUCCUGAAAACAAUAUGUCAGCCAGUAUCGACUGUGCAGGUAUUCUGAAACUCCGCAAUUCAGAUAUAGAGCUUCGUAAAGGGGAGACGGAUAUUGGAAGGAAAAAUACGAGAGUGCGACUUGUGUUUCGAGUACACAUCCCACAGCCUAGUGGAAAAGUCUUGUCCCUUCAAGUUGCUUCAAUACCUGUUGAAUGCUCUCAGAGAUCAGCUCAAGAACUUCCUCAGAUAGAGAAAUACAGCGUCAACAAUUGCUUGGUUAAUGGAGGCCAUGAAAUGGUGGUGACUGGAUCCAACUUCCUUCCAGAAUCAAAAAUAAUAUUUCUUGAAAAAGGGCAAGAUGGACGGCCUCAGUGGGAAGUAGAAGGAAAAAUAAUUAGGGAAAGGAGUCAAGAGACUACAAUUGUUCUUGAAGUUCCUCCGUACCACAACAAAACAAUUACAGCUGCUGUCCAGGUGCAGUUUUACGUUUGCAAUGGCAAGAGGAAAAAAAGCCAGUCUCAGCGUUUUACUUACACUCCAGUUGUAUUGAAACAAGAGAACAGAGAUGAAAUGGAUUUGUCUUCAGUUCCAUCACUCUCCCUGACUCAUUGUACGGGCAUUAAAGGACUCUCUUCUCUCCAAACUCAGCUGCCUUCACCAGAUCCAGGGCUCUCACAUGAUAGUUUACUUUCUGCAUCACCCAGGAGCCUUGUAUGCCCAGUGCAGCAAACCUAUACGUCCAUGGUGUCCUCAGCAGUAUCCCAGUUGUCACACAUCCAAGGUAGAAACAUUAGUCCGGGUGAAGAGCAUCCUGGGUUGACUCCAGCUGUAGUCCACCAGUCUUUUCAGGUAACAUCAGCACCUUCUGUGAGGCCUUCCUAUCAGCCUAUGCAAUCUAACGUUAUGUAUAAUGAACAGUCUGGUCUUCCCAUGAACUCCGCCUCCUCCAGUCAAGGGUAUGAUGCAAUUUCAUUUCAGCAAGAUGCAGCUGUACCUCCCCUGAUGAAUCUUAGCUGCCAACCUCUGCCACCGAUGCCAUAUCAUUCUUCAAAUCCAGGUUCAGUGUCAACUUCAGCUGGAGCAGGGCACUCUUCAGCACACUCAGCUCAGCCAAGACAAUCGUCGCCUCAUCUACAGUCGAUGGGAUACCAUUGUCCAAAUCCUCGGCAGAGUUCUGCAAUGGCUCAGUCGCUUGGGCACUCUUCCACUCAGCUACAGCAAGUCACUUACCACUCUUCAAAUCCGGGUAAUACUUCAUCACCAUCCCCCAAACCUUCCCAUUCUCUGGUACAUUCGCCCCGAUCUGGGCCGCCGUCUCCUCAGUUGCAGCCUAUGCCUUACCAGACUCCUAGCUCAGGACCUGCCUCAUCUCCUCCUCCUCCUCCUCCUCCUCCUCCACCUCCUCCAACUGCUGUUGGUCACUCUGGACAACAGUCCCCUCAAGCACAUAGUCCAGGUUUGGGAGGAAUUGCUGCAGCUUCAUCUUUGAUUCAUCAUAGUGUUUGUGACGUGGCUCCAUUUUCACCAGAGGGGGCAGCUGUUAGCAUUAAGCCUGAUCCUGAAGAUCAAGAGUUGCAUUUUCAGACAAUAGGGCUGCAAGACAUCACCUUAGAUGACGUGAAUGAGAUCAUAGGAAGAGACAUGUCACAGAUAUCCGUGUCUCAUGGAGCUGGGGUGACCAUCCAUUCUCCACAAACAUGUUCUGCAUCUCUGGAGGCAGGAAUAUCGGAUGGAGUGCAGUAGCAACCGAGCUUGUGUGACUAAGCGAUACAGAAAACUCCGCACUUUUCCUCUUAAGAAUGCUUCAUCCCCUCCUUAGAUUUACUGUGCUUCCAACUUUGUGGCCUUGAUGAUCUGGAACAGUGGAUCCUUGCAUAGCUGUUCUUGUGGCGGGUGUGUAGGGUGGGGGGUGGGGGCAUAACAGAGACCUAGAGCAGUCUAAUUCUAGCUUCCAAGGAUGCUGUAAAAAUUAUUGGUAAAAAUGGACACAAAGAAGCAACACAGGAUACUUUAACCUUGGAAAGGAAUACCAAUGAGCUUUGCUUGUUUUGUGCAUUUAAUAGAAUACUUUUAUAUUAAGUGUUUAAUGUAUGAAGAAAUAUAGUUUUUGCUCUCAAUAUGCACAGUACCGAAUGUGGGGGAUUUUUUUAAAUACACAUCUUCGUAUGCUGCUUUUCCUUAGGAGAAAUAUUAGGAUUGUAAUAUGAAUUUGUAUACCUUUUUGGGGGGUCAUUUUGAAGAGCCUUUAAGCUUAUAUUGUUUAAAAGAAAACCAUUUUUAUAGCAAAAUCUUCCAGAGGCACAUAAGUACCUGUCAUCUUAAGCCAAUGCCUUGGAAGUCUUCUGUAUAAAAGAUGAUUAGCAUUUUCUUUGGAUUUAUAGGAAGCAAAGCCAAAUGUAGGUCUGUGUUCUUUAUACAUUGAAAAUCUUUGGUAGGCUGCAAAGAGACCAUUCCAUCAUGGAAAUAUUGGGAUAGAAAUGACAUUCCAAAAUAUAACUUUUAUAACUUUAUAGAUCCUUUUGCUAGCACAGACCCCCUCCUAAUUGAAACCACUUUACUUGUUCAGAACAAUUUAUAGAAAUGCUCAUUUUUUAAGGGAAGAGUUAAGUUUCUUAGAUGUAUAAUCCCCAAUUUUAAAGCCAUGUUCUGUAAGGAAACUCUCUGGUCAAAAUAGUUUUUUAAGCAAAAAUUAUCUCUAUUGUCUUGAAAUCCCUCAGGCUGGGCUUUUCACUCAGUCCGUGGCUCUCUGUUAAAUGAAUUGAAUGACUUGUAUAUCUUUUCACUCAAGCCUGCAACUUCAAAAUGUUUUCUUCAUGGCAUGGUGGCAUUUUAUUGUUUAUGGAAGUUCAUCUUCUUAGAAGUCAGAUUAAUUGCUGUAUGUCAUAAAGGGAGUGUAGCAGAUUUUGAUGAAUGAGUGAAACACAUUUUGGGGGAUGUGCUGGGCCCUCAUGCUGUACAAGAUGAGGCUUAUUGUAGCUGUCAGCAGUGAUCAAGGAUAUUAUCUGCGAUAAACUUCUUUUGCAAGCACCCAGUGGGAUUAAGUGAGCUUGUGCCCUUGUGCAACUUCUGUUGCGCUUUCAGCAACCUACACCAUCAAAUAAUGUUUACACUACAUCUCUUGAGAUCUGAGACCUCUGAAUAAGAAAAAAAAUAAUCUAGAGGAGCUGAAACUGCCUAGUAAUGCCACUGUGUAUUAGUAUAUCGUACAACCAUGUAACUUAUUUGGGCCUGUCUGCUCUGGAACAUGCAGGGAGUAUAUAUGCAAUCCAAACACUUAAAAGAUCUGAAUUCCCACUAGAUAGACUUAACACAGGUGACCCUUGUUACCCGCGGUCUCGACACACGCGGUUUCAUGUAUCCGUGGUUGGGUCAUGGGGCCAGUUUCUUUAUUCAUGUGAUAAAAAUGGGGUUAUUUUUGCCUAUUGGCUGUUCUUGAGCAGCAGGAAAUGACUUCUGAAGUCAUUUCCUGCCGCCAUUUUGUGGCUCUUUUCUGCAAAAUAAAACCCCCACAAAUGCUUAAAGGAACAACAGUGGGAGGAUUUGGAAGUUUGGGGGGCACUGCUGGAGAGCAAGGUACUGUGUAUAUCUCUGUGGCCCCCCCCCCCCCGUGCUUUUUCUUGUGAUUUCCAGCACACUUCAGUAUGCUUAGGAACCUAACCCCCCAAUCCCCAUAGGGUUAAGGUUUCUUUAUCUGUGGAAAUUGGCAGGGACAGAACCUUCGUGAAUAACGAGGGCCACCUGUAUCUGCAUUUCUCUUGCUCUGUGUAUAGCUACUGUUUUCUGGUGAAACUGAAAAUCAAGCCUAUUCAGAUUUGGCUAACUAAACAGAAUGCGAGACUCUGCACUGGGAAAAUGGUGUUAGGAUUUUUCAAAGCCCCGAGUUGAAGAUGAAACUGACUUCCUCUGUUUUUAGUUGAUUUACAUUACAACAUAAGUCUUAAUUGUUUCUGAAGUUUCCCCCCCUAUAAAAAGGGGGCAGCAACAAAACCAACUCUUACUCUCAUGGUAUCAUCACCAACUUGCUUGCCGCUGCCAGACUGAGCAGACAAGACUGAGCUAGAUGGACCAAAGGUCUGACUUGGUAGAAGGCAGCUUCCUCUGUUCCUCCAGCUGACAGGGAUUAAACUGUUGUCCUGGAAACCUGAGUCGGGACUUUCCUCUCCCCUUGCCUGCUCCAAGUCCCCUGCUUCUCAUGUACCAAGGCAGUAGUGGCCCAACAACCAUUGUCUGCAAAUCAGAUUUGUUGCUUGAGAGCAAGUUGCCUUUUAAUUAAGUAGGUUCAGCUGUCUUUGCUCAUCUUCAGGGAAAACCUGCCCCCAUAGACAGUUUAGGAUUAUGGUGCAAUUUGGAUUAAAGUCAAAACAGAGAUGCAUUUUUGUUAGCGUGCAAGGGAAGGAAACGAAGCUGCCUUCACACGAAAUGCCACCGUGACUGUUGUAGUUUGGUGAACUUGUUGGUGGAGCCACUUUGAAUUAGCACCCAAGCUAUGUAGCAUUCUCAUUCAUUCUGUGAUAGUCCUCCAUUGCCGUGUACAAAUACUAGAAAACAACGGACUUAAAAGGUAGCCCUGCUUUCUUGAAGAAGGCAGUCCCUCUGUGGUGCUUCUUUGCAAGUAAAUCUGUCUUCUCUUCAGUGGCUGUAAGCCGUUUUAGAAGUAGCUGCAGUUACAGCUAGCUGCUACCCUUCACUAAGAGCAUAAGCUGUUUAUAGUUUGGCUGUAUUCCGGGUUUCCAUCUGACAGGCCUGCAGUAACCAAGGGUUGCAGGGAGGUUUGAGUUCUUUGUACUCAAGUUUCAUGCUCCUUGGUGGUGGGUGGUACAGUCUCUUUCCCCGCCUGCUUAGGUGGUUUAAAUUUAUAGUGUACCUGUAAUGUGGGAACCCAAACAAUCCCAAGUUGCUAUGCACUAAGUGAGCAAUCCAUCCAGCCCUGCAGCACCCAGCCUCUCUCCAGUCCAGCCAGGUUUGCCGAGGAGACCCUUGUAAACUCACUGGAACGUGGAGAUUUUGCAGCAGCCGUCUUGGUGGAUUGUUCCCGAAACCUUCUGAUGCCUUUAAACCUUGAUGCCUGUAGAUGUAGAAAUGCUUUCCUAUUUAAAGCAAGACUAUAGAUUUUUUGGGGGUACUAUAAAUUGUAUUUGCCUUGUAAAAGCUUCAGUACAAGGGUCUUAAAAAAAAUUUUUUUUUUUUUGCUUGUGUGAUGCUAUAGAUAUCUGUUAAUCUCUAGUGUAAUAUAGUGGAAAUAAAAGCACAUGCUCUCCAUUGGACUAUGCAAACUACAGUUUUCAACAGCAGCCUGUGACUGGCACUUUGGCGUCUACUUCGCUAGUCUCUUUGGCCUCCAAAUCAACAAUUGCUUUCCUUGCUGGCCUCCAGAUUUUUAAAUAUUAUGGAAAGCAUUAAUGAAGUCACUCUCUUACAGAAAGAGUGGAGGUUUUGUACAUCAAAUAAGGGGAUAUUGAGUGGCCCAUUUGACAUGGGUACUAAAAGUAGUUUUGGUUUUACCAAAGUUUGUCCACAAUCUGGCAACCAUGAUGAUAAACUCUUGAUUAUAGAGAUGGAACUGCCAUCCUUUAUAAACCAAAGAUUAAAGGAGGAGGGGGAAGAAAAAGACAAGCUUUGUUUAAAUGCAAACAGAGCUUUGAAAACUCUAUUUUUGAUACACAGAAUGAAUGUCAUUCCUUGAGGUUUGGAGAUUGUUCAAAUUGAAGUUUUAUAUUUAACAAUGUGGGACAAUGAUUUAAGACUAAAGGUUACAUUCUAGAUGUUUACAGAGCCUUGUAUUGUACUUUCACGUACAUUUUGUGUAUUAAACCUUUUGUAACUUAUGAUUGCAGUGCUAUAUGCAGAAAUACAAAGGGAAGAACUUGCGUUUUAGGCUCUUGAAUCAUAGUGUUGAAAUAAAGGAGAAAAUUUAUACGUGUGUGUGUGUUUCUCCACUGAAGUCUAUAUUCCGUUCUGGGAGACUUCUCAUGCUUUGACAUGUUCUGUAUGAGAAAGUGGACUAUUCUCAUGUCAAUUGUGACUCCUGGAAGACUGGUCUGUGAGCCCAGAUGACCCUAAGUACUUGCAGGUGAUUCAUUCUGCAGUAGCUUCAUUGUACCACUACUCUUGCUAACUGAACAAAGAGAGAGCUUUUAAAUAGGUGGUUCUCUUCUGUUUUGUAGAGGGAGAGCAACUGGCCCUAUCCAACCCCAGCAUAGCACCCCUCCAGUGGCUGUUGUUGGUGUCUGUCUUAUGUUUCUUUUUAGCUUGUGAGCCCUUUGGGGACAGGGAACCAUCUUAUUUAUGUAUUUCUCUAUGUAAACCACUUUGAGAAUUUGGGUUGAAGAGUGGUAUAUAAAUAUUUGUCAUCGUU